CUCGAGGCCGCCCCGUCACGUGGGAACGACGCGGGGGGGGGGACACGGCGUGGGAGCAUGGCAGCGCUGGCGGCCACGUCCCCGAGUGGGGAUGAGUGCGCGGAGGAGGAGGAGGAUGAGCUGGAGCCGGGGCUGGAUGAGGCUGAGCCGGAGCCUGAGAGCGGGGCCAGGGCAGCGGGGGGGGGUCGGGGGGCGGUGCUGACACGGCGGGGCAUCACUCUGCGUGUGCUGCUCCGGGAUGGGCUCCUGGAGCCGGGACGGGGGGUCCUGUCCAUCUACUACCUGGGCAAGAAGUUCGUGGGUGACCUGGGUGCGGAUGGGACCAUAACAUGGCAGGAGACAGGGCAGGUGUUCGGCUCCCCCAGCGCCUGGGCCACGCACUGCAAGCGCCUGGUGAACCCCGCCAAGAAGUCGGGCUGCGGAUGGGCCUCGGUGCGAUACAAGGGGCAGCGGCUGGACCAGUACAAGGCUGCGUGGCUGCGCCGGCACCAGCCCCAUGUGCCCAGCGAGGAGGCUCUGCCCAGUGAGGGUGAGGAGGAUGAGCUGCCCGAGGAGGAGGAGGAGGAGAACGGGGACGGCCGAGCACCCACAGCGGAGCCGGCCGCCCCCAAAAGGAUGGAGGAGAAGAGCAAGAAGCUGCCGGGCCGCAGUGCAGAGCAGGAGCCCACCCCUCCAGGGAAGAGGCUGGAGAUCAAAGCCCGGGUGCCCGUCCGCUAUUGCACCCUGGGCACACGCGACGCAGCCAGGAACCCACAGACCCUGGUGGAGGUGACGCCCUUCGCCGCCAUCAACAAGUUCCAGCCCUUCAACGUGGCCAUCUCCAGUAACGUCCUCCUGCUGCUGGACUUUCACAGCCACCUGACGCGCAGUGAAGUGGUGGGUUACCUGGGGGGCCGCUGGGACACCAACACACAGUUGCUGACGGUGCUGCGUGCCUUCCCUUGUCGGAGCCGCCUGGGUGACGCUGAGGCUGCGGGUGCAGUGGAGGAGGAGAUCUGCCAGAGCCUGUUCCUGCGGGGGCUGUCGUUGGUGGGUUGGUAUCACAGUCACCCCUUCAGCCCCGCGCUGCCCUCCCUGCACGACAUCGACACACAGAUGGAUUACCAGCUCAAACUGCAGGGCAGCGGGAACGGCUUCCAGCCCUGCCUGGCCCUCAUCUGCGGGCCGUACUAUGCUGGUAACCCCGGUGUGGAGUCCAAGAUUGCGCCCUUCUGGGUGAUGCCACCACCGGAGCAACGGCCCAACGACUACGGCAUCCCCAUGGAGGUGGAGGUGACCUACAUCCAGGAUGGCUUCCUCACCAAUGACGUCCUGCAGGAGAUGAGCCUGCUGGUGGAGUUCUACAAAGGAGCCCCAGACCUGGUGAAGUUCCAUGAGCUGUGGAGCCAGGACCAGACGUACCUGGAUAAGCUGAAGGGCUCCCUGGCCUCCCGCAGCCCCAAGGACCAGAGCUUCACCCACAUCCUGGAGCAGAUCUACGUCCUGCUGAGACACAGCAGCUGAGUGGGAGCCACACUGCAGGGAUGCAGCAUCGCCUGCUGCGCCCAGGGAGCCCAUGGGAGGAGCCAGAGCAGCAGCUGGGGGCACAGGGCAGGGCUGGGGGGGCUCCUGGGGGCACAACGUUCUGGUGUAACAUAACAGGGGGAAAUGGACGAGGAAUCAGUCUCACCUCCUGCACACAGAGAUGGAUCCGGCCCAGAGCUGCCCUCAGAGCUCCAUUCAUUCCACGCUGUCACCCCACGGAGCACGGGAACGAGGAGCCGUUUGUUUGAUCGCCAUCAACUGCUUUUAUUGUUGUGGAAAAAUGGAAUGUUUCACCAACAGAAACGUCAGCGCUGACCAAGAACAUGUUGGGAACAAAGGAGGGACCCAGUCGGCUGAACGGAUGGAGCGAUAGUUUGGCUACGACGUGGCAGCAGUUCUGCUAUAUCCCGGCAUCACAAAUCCGAGCUGACCCUGCUUAAUAAAAUCCACCCCACCGUGGUUUUGUAUUAAAAAUAGA